AUGCUUCUCUGGUCUGGUCUUACCUUCUCACUGAUGUUGGCCGCAUCCGUGAGUUGGUGUAUGUGCUGCUCUAGUCUGGCAGAGUCUGGUCUUACCCUCUCGAUUAUGACACGUUGGAGGGCGCCUUCACUCUGUCAGCAGUCCGGCUCGUAUUCAGAGGGCUCCCCCCUUAUACACUCAUCUUCUCCACCCCUACCCCCCACCCCCAUCCAGAUGCCACGCUUCUGGGGGGGACAGCGAGUAGUUCUCUUCUUGUCGCCUCGACUACCUUUCAGUGUUCGACCUCUUGAGAAUCCUCGCUACUUCAAAAUUUUCUCCUUCCCCUUUCCCUCAGCUCAGGCUUCCACUUGGCACGAGAUUGUGAAAUCUUGCUGUAUAUUCCAUUGUGAGGGAAGUCGAAAUAUUAUGUUAAUUGUGAUUGAUUUUGGACCUUACGAUGGCUCAGGGUAUUUCCCCUGA